GGUAGGUAAUUAAUUUUUUUUUAAUUUCCACCAUUUAUGUAGAUAAGAACGGUACGUAUUUGGAAUCUGAUAAGAAUCUUGAUUCACUUUCUCAAGAUGAGAUAUGUGAGUAGUAAUCUGCAGAAUUAUUGUAGUUAAGGUAUGCAGAUUUAUAGGUAUUGCAAAUGAUACCUGCUUCAGUGUUGCUUCAGCUUUUUUCGCUAUGUAAUAGGUUUAGGUAUCUAUACUGUUUCACAUGAUCGCGAUUGAAUUUGUCUGAAAAUGUUCCCAGUAUAUUAACCAUAAUUGGAUUUUACAAAAUGAAGAUCGCACUGUUGUUUGGUUUAUGCAUAAUUAAACUCGACAUAAGCACUGCAAACGAACUAUGUAAAGUCACUUUACCUUCAGACGUAAUUGAACUUUUGAACAUAUAUCCGGAUGCAAGUAAGAAAGACACAUUAAGCAAGAAGAUUCUUGCAUACGAGCAAGAAAAGGCGAACUUGCAGCAAGAAAAGGCGAACUUGCAGCAAGAAAAGGCGAACUUGCAGCAAGAAAAGAAGAUCUUGCAGCAAGACAAGGAGGCAUUAGAAAAAAAAACUGAUGAUUUAAUGAGCAAACGGAUCCACAAUGGCUUCAAUUGCGCGUUAAGGAAGAUGAGAACGUUCAAUGACGUUUGUUACAAAAUGCUCAGACAAGAUUUCAAGCCUGCACCACCCAUUCCUUGGCCGAAAAAUUUCAUCGAAGAAAUAGUCCUUAUAUCAGAUGUGGGCGUAGUUCGAAUAAGAAAUGGUAGAGUAAACGGAAAGGGAAAAAAAGGAAGUGACGACGAUAUAGUUUUUAAAGGGAACGGCAAUGUAGAACUCAGGUAUUUCUCUUAUACUUUUGACAAAAAAGUGGACGAGUCGUAUUACAUGUGGUACCAUAUCAUCACAACUGCGGAAGAAGAGGCUGAGCAUGAUAAGUUGAGUAUUCUACCGAGUAUUGCAAAACAACGUGCGUUAGAACUUAAAAAAGAAUUGGACGUAUAUUACGAUAAUCAUAGGUCUGCAAAUUUACAAAACCCAUAUUAUGAGAGUAAGGAGGAAUUUUAUAAAUAUUUCGCGGCGCUCAUGACUCGCUGUUAUAAGCUAGGUUGUCUCCACUUGCACGAGUUGGACAACAAGUUUGUAAAAUGUCGAAGUUGGUUUUACUAUCAUCCAGAAGAUGAAAUUCGUUUUCGCGAAGUACUCCUGGAGCUCAUGCCAAAUUGGUACUUCACGACUGAGCACUUGGACCUGAUAAAUCUGAUGUGGAAAGCCAGCGGUGUACGAGACAAUCAACAUUUGUUGACAACCUUGGUUCACAUGAAAAAUAAGCUGGGACAAGAAGUAAUUUUACCACACUCCGAAGACUGCCUAAAUGAUUGAAGGUUUAACGUCGACGCUUCCUGCACAGUGAAAAUAUCGCAGCAGUUUACCGUUUAGUGUUAUUUUCUCGGUAUUUAUUUUUUAAAACAUUUUUUUUGUUUUCUUUUUUUAUUCUUGAAUUUAAAUUUUAUCAUUAUGUAUUUAUUUAGAUAUUAAAUAAAGUGCAUAUGUAUUUUUUAAA